UGGGUCGCUCCCACCGGAGGACACCGGCUUGAGCCCAUUUAGGCACCGAAGAGAGGAGACGGUGGCCACCGGGAGGAGAGGGACUCUUCAAGACUCGGUAUUUGUCCGCCUGUCUCGUUGAGGAGGAGGAGGUGGAGGAGGAGGAGGAGGAGAGGGAUACAUCAGCGCUGCUGGAGCUGCCUUUUUUGUUGUUCUUCUAUCGGGGCUGCAGUGAAAGUCGUUCAUGAUGCCGGUGUUUCACACCAAGACCAUAGAGAGCAUCCUGGAGCCGGUGGCCCAGCAGAUCUCCCACCUGGUCAUCAUGCACGAGGAGGGGGAGGUGGACGGCAAAGCCAUCCCGGAUCUGUCGGUGCCGGUGGCCGCUGUGCAGGCGGCUGUCAGCAACCUUGUCCGCGUGGGGAAGGAAACAGUUCAAACCACAGAAGACCAGCUGAUGAAGAGAGACAUGCCUCCUGCUUUUAUUAAGGUGGAGAACUCAUCCUCCAAGCUUGUCCAGGCAGCUCAAAUGCUCAAAGCAGAUCCGUACUCCGUUCCUGCAAGGGAUUACCUGAUCGAUGGAUCCAGGGGGAUACUGUCUGGGACGUCCGACCUGCUCCUUACCUUUGAUGAAGCAGAGGUGCGUAAGAUCAUCCGAGUGUGUAAAGGCAUCUUAGAGUAUCUGACAGUAGCUGAGGUGGUGGAAACCAUGGAGGACCUCAUCACGUACACCAAGAACCUCGGACCAGGGAUGACCAAAAUGUCAAAGAUGAUUGAGGAGAGGCAGCAGGAGUUGACGCACCAGGAGCACAGACAGAUGCUCAUCAACUCCAUGAACACGGUCAAAGAGCUACUGCCUGUCCUCAUCUCAGCUAUAAAGAUUUUUGUUGCAACAAAGAGCAGCCGAGGAGCCGGUGUCGAGGAGGCAGAGAGGAACCGAAAGUUCACCUUUGAAAAGAUGAGCGCUGAAAUGCACGAGAUCAUUAGAGUCUUACAGCUCACCACAUGGGAUGAAGAUACUUGGGCCAAUAAGGAUAUGGAGGCUUUGAAGAGAUCUUUGGCUUUGAUUGAGUCGAAGAUGGCACAGGCUAAAAGCUGGCUGAAAGACCCUCAUGGACAGCCAGCGUGUUGUCCUCUAGGAGACCCUGGUGAGGUGGCGCUGCGUGUGAUCCUGGAUGAAGCUGGUAAGGUGGGAGAGCUGUGUGCUGGGAAAGAGAGGAAAGACAUACUGGCAACCACUAAGGCUCUGGGACAAAUGUCAGACCAAAUUGCAGAUUUACGAGUCAGAGGCCAGGGCCCAACACCGGGAUGUGUGCAGCGAGCGGGCCAGUGCUCACAGGGCUUAGAUUUGCUUUUUGGCAAAGUGGACAGCGCCGCACGCAGACUGGAAGCUCUAAUCAAUGCCAAGCAGGCCAUUGCUAGAAGACUGGAUGCUGCACAGGCCUGGCUGGCCGAUCCUAACGGUGGUGCUGAGGGAGAGGAGAACAUCAGAGCACUUCUAGCAGAGGCUAAACGCAUCGCCGAUCUUUGUGAAGACCCCAAAGAGAGGGAUGACAUCCUUCGGUCCAUAAACGAGAUUGCAGGACUUGCCGCCCGGCUUGUGGAGCUACGCAAACAGGGUAAAGGUGACAGCCCAGAGGCCCGCGCACUUGCAAAGCAGAUUGGAGCGGCGCUACUGAACCUACAGUCCAAAACCAACCGGGCUGUGGCCAACAUGAGACCCGCAAAGCCUGCUGUCACUUUGGAGGGCAAGAUGGAGCAGGCCCUCCGCUGGGUGAACAACCCCGGGGUGGAUGAUAGAGGCGUAGAGUGUGAGAGGCUACAGUGGAUCACAGGUCAGGCGGCAAUCAGAGGGAUGGUUGGCGAGGGGAAGAGGUUGGCAGGAGGCUUGUUAGGCCCGUACCGACAGGAUAUGAUUGGUCGUUGUGACCGGACAGAAGCACUGAUGACGUCUUUGGCGGACAUGGCCAACAGGGGAGAAGCUGAGGCUCCUCACGCACGAGCCACAGCUGCACAACUGCAGGACACCCUCAAGGACCUAAGGCAGCACAUGCAGGAAGUGAUGACCCAGGAGGUGUCAGAUGUUUUCAGCGACACCACCACACCGAUCAAGCUGCUGGCAGUUGCUGCAACUGCUCCUCCUGAUGCCCCCAACCGAGAGGAGGUCUUCGAGGAGCGAGCAGGAAACUUUGAGACCCACGCAGGUCGGCUGGGUGCGACCGCUGAGAAAGCCGCUGCCGUGGGAACGGCCAACAAAAGCACAGUGGAGGGCAUCCAUGCUGCUGUGAAACAUGCCAGGGAGCUAACACCACAGGUGACCUCCGCAGCUCGGAUCCUGCUGAAGAAUCCCGGUAACAAAGCAGCAUACGAGCACUUUGACACCAUGAAGAACCAGUGGAUUGACAACGUGGAAAGAAUGACUGGUCUGGUUGAUGAAGCCAUCGACACCAAAUCUCUUUUAGAUGCUUCCGAAGAGGCUAUAAAGAAGGACAUUGAUAAGUGUCGAGUUGCCAUGGCAAAUGUUCAGCCCCAAAUGCUAGUUGCUGGGGCAACAAGCAUAGCAAGGCGAGCUAACCGGGUCCUGUUGGUGGCUAAGAAGGAAGUUGAGAACUCCGAAGACCCCCGGUUCAGAGACACAGUGAAGCAUGCCUCAGACAUCCUCUCUCACACCAUCUCACCCAUGGUGAUGGAUGCCAAGGCAGUGGCUGGGAACAUCCAGGAUAAAGCUCUACAGAAAGCUUAUCUUGACUCGUGUUUGAGGAUCCUGGCUGCCGUGGGAAAAGUUAGAGAAGCCUUUCAACCUCAGGAACCAGACUUCCCUCCUCCUCCGCCUGACUUGGACCAACUCCACGUUAACGAUGAACAGGCACCACCAAAACCUCCCUUACCAGAGGGCGAGGUGCCCCCUCCGCGGCCCCCACCACCAGAAGAAAAGGAUGAGGAGUUCCCAGAGCAGAAAGCCAGCGAGGUGCUAAGCGAGCCCAUGAUGGUAGCAGCCAGGCAGCUGCAUGACGAAGCAAGCAAGUGGUCGAGCAAGCCUGAGGAUGAGGAGGCAGUAGAGGAGAGGGAGGUAGAUGAUGAAGAUGAGUUUACUGAUGGCGAGGAUGACUAUGAGCCAGAAUUGCUGAUGAUGCCAUCCAACCAGCCUGUCAAUCAGCCCAUUCUGGCGGCUGCCCAGUCUCUCCACCAGGAGGCCCGCAAGUGGUCAAGCAAGGGUAACGACAUCAUAGCAGCGGCCAAGCGAAUGGCUCUGCUGAUGGCAGAAAUGUCUCGACUGGUGCGCGGUGGAAGCGGGAACAAACGAGCGCUGAUUCAGUGUGCAAAGGACAUCGCCAAGGCCUCAGAUGAGGUAACGAGAUUGGCUAAAGAAGUGGCCAAGCAGUGCACUGACAGACGAAUCAGAACGAACCUGCUGCAGGUCUGUGAACGAAUUCCCACCAUCAGCACUCAGCUAAAGAUCCUUUCUACUGUCAAAGCCACCAUGUUGGGAAGAACAAACAUCAGUGAAGAGGAGUCAGAGCAGGCCACAGAGAUGUUGGUUCACAAUGCCCAAAAUUUGAUGCAGUCAGUGAAGGAGACUGUCAGAGAAGCAGAAGCAGCAUCCAUCAAGAUUCGCACGGAUGCAGGAUUCACCCUCCGCUGGGUGAGGAAGACCCCGUGGUACCAAUGAACAACCCAACCCGCUGAUCCUGUCAACUUCCUGGUAUCAGUUACUCAAACCUCGACUGAAGAGCUUUGAGCGUCCUUAUAGAGUUAAAGAGAAAUGAGAGGAUGUGGAGCCAUUCUCUGCUGUUGUUUGAGUGUAAAACAGCAGAAAUCAGCAGGUUUGAUUUAUAGGCGUAACUUCAGCUUCGCACAUGCUGAUCUGAGACCGUUUCUAUUAUAUAUUUUUGGUAUGUUGAGUUACAAGAAUUUAUCUAAAUGCUAGGUCUAUAAUAUAUAUUUUUGCAUGAUUUUUUUUCUAUUUUCUAAAUCUGCGAUAUUUAACUCUCAGAAGAUAUUUACUUUGCAAUGUUUUUUUCAGUAGUUUCUUAAUCAUAUAUAUAUAUAUAUAUAUGUAUAUUUAUAUAUAUAUAUAUAUAUAUAUACAAAAAAAAUCAUUGGUUUUACGGACAAUAUUCAACUUAAUUUGUUCAGUUUGACACUAGAGCGUAGAGUCAUUUGUGAGCAGAAGACCUCUAUUAUCCUCUUGUUUACAUUCAGUGUGAACCAAGCACAGAUCUAUAAAUUAGAUGCAGAUUUAUGAUGUUUUACUCGGGUGACAAAAAGAUUUUCUGGAUUAAAAGCUUUCAAAACGUCUCAUUGACUGCUGAAAAAGUAUAACUUAAAGGAUAAAAGAAUGUGCUGGUCUGUCAGUCAAACUUAGCUUAAUGUGUUUUGACUUCUUUACUUUAAUUUUUUUUAUUCUAUCAGUGAAUGAUGCCAAAGGAUUUAUUUUACUUCACUGUAAAUCUUAUUUGGUUUACUUAACUAAAAAAAAUCAGGUUAUUGUAAGCAACAAUGUAGAACAGUUUCUGAGACCUUGUAAUACUGUUUGAGUUUUUUCUUGCAAAAACAGGAGUGAACUUUAUUUUUAUUUAACCUGUGUUCUGUAACAGUUAAACUGUUUGUGAUUUUUUCAGACAUUUAUAUCAACAUCCAGAUGUUUUCUCCUCAGCAGACCCAGCCUGAACACUCUAAUGCAAUUUUUUAAGACCCCGGUGGUUUGAGAAGAACAUUUCUAUGUGACAUCAAGAACUUAUAUAUAGUUUUUCAGGUUUAAACAAACAAAGAUUUUAUUAUGAGUGUUUAGAAUUAAAGCCACUGAUGUCACAUAUUUCUAAUGCAUAUUUUCAUUCCUUUGUUUGUUUGUUUUUUGUUGUUGUUUUCUUAUUACCUUGGGUGAGUAUGUGUGUGUGUAGUCUCUUUACUUAACACGGUAUUAGUGAGCAAUCCCUGUUAAAUGUAGGGAUGAAGCUUUGACUAACAGCACAGGAAGUUGCUUUUAUUUUGGAGGAAAGUGGGGUGGGAUGUGGGGGUUUACUGAGCAUGUAGUGGUCACAGCCUCUUCACUGGGAGUGACGGGUUGUAGAGCUGUACGUGCUUCGUGUUUAACUACACGCUGAAUGUUCUCUGAUAGUCUCUAGCCCUGCCAACACAUCUGCUGUGCCUUGAAAGAAUAAAGACUAUGAUAAAAACUGG